AUGGGCCUGCCCUCGGUGAUGGUGCUUGCCCCUGCUGAUCGUCUGGCAGCGGGGGUUGUACUAAUCUAAAACGAUCUUGCACUUCAUGCCAAGUCAUUAGUACGAAACAAAGUGGUGGUGAUCACCGAUGCUGUGUCUGGGGUGGGGACUGAGUGUGCCCAUCUCUUCCAUAAGGGUGGUGCCAGACUGAUUCUUUGUGGGACGAGUUGGGAUAAGCUGGAGUCUCUGUAUGACUCUUUGACUACUGAUGCUGACCCCAGAGAGGUGAGGAAUUUAUACGUUGCCCCGAAGUUGGUGAUUUUGGACUUCAGUGACAUGGACAGUAUGGAGGACGUGAUCGCUGAGGUGGUGGAGUGUUACGGUUGUGUGGACGUGCUGAUCUGCAACAGCAGUAUGAAGCUGAAAGCGCCGGUUCAGAGUAUCUCCCUGGAGCAGGACAGAAAUGUCAUGGAUGUUAACUACUUCGGCCCGAGCACGCUGGCCAAAGGAGUUCUUCCAACGAUGAUCUCAAGACGAUCGGGCCACAUUGUGCUGGUCAACAGCAUCCAGGGCAGACUGGCGGUCCCAUUUAGAAGUUCGUAUGCGGCGUCCAAGCACGCGGCGCAGGCCUUCUUCGACUUGCGAGCGGAAGUGGAGGAAUACGGAAUAGUUGUCAGCACCAUCAGUCACACCUUCAUCAAUGCUUCGGAGCCGCCGCCUGUAGAGGAGCCGGCUCCCAAACCCAACCCGCUGGCUGCAUUUAUCGCCAGCCAGCUGACCCAUGGUGUGCGCCCGUCAGUCCUGGCCAGUGAUAUGCAAACUGUGAACAGGAAGAGGAAGGAGGUUCUGCUGGCCCACCCCAUCCCCAGGGUGGCUCUCCACCUGCGCUCCUUCUUCCCCCCCUUCCUCUUCGCUCUGCUGGCUGCUGGAGUGAAGGACUCAGUGCUGGCUGAGCAGAUGCAGUAGGAGAAAAGCUAGAGAGAGAGAGAGAGAUGAGAAGUAAAGCUUAGAGAGAUUUAUUAUUUUUUUGCCAAUUAAGUAAACAUACAUCCUGAAGACUCCAGGCAGAUUUGUAAUAAUAAUCCUGAACAGAUAGUUAAUAAUAACUAGGAAUGUUACAAAGGGAUUUUUUGUGACUGCCCUCUGCAGAAUGAAUGAAAACCUUCAUCGUCAGGGGGCACUGGUUCACAGUGGGUGCUGUUUAGCUUUUAAUAUUUCCUUUUUAGCUUCCACCACUUCCUGGAGAGGCUUCACCUUUUGCCAAGUUGCCAUGAAUAAAAAUAGGCUUUAAUGACUUGCGUGGGUAAAUAAAGGUUACACUGACUCACUGAACCAUCCAGUAGCACAGUUGUUGUCACACAAAAGUACAGCCAGCCCCUUCAACUUCAGCUGAUAUCUGUAAACACAAACACAUCAUCACUUCAACACGAGUGAUAACUAUUUUUAAAAAUCAUUUCUAAAUGAAGGAAUUCAUGAUAGGUACCUUUAAACAGAGGCCUUAUGAAGCUGACAGGCAGGUUACACAUUUAGCAGAUGGAAAGCAAAAUUAGCAUUUAGUUAGAAAGCCAACAGGGAGACACACUUUGGUCCUCUGACAGGUUAAAGUCCAACACUUACUCUCCUUUCAGCUCCGCCAGAAAACAUCCAGCUCUUGGUCUACAACGCUCACCAGCUUGUGACGAAAAUGAAAUUAUAUCAAAUCAAAUCACUGACCUGGGAUGACUCGGAAUAUUGUUAAUAUUCAUCUCCAUGUUCUUCUCCAUCUUAUGAUACAUUUCAUGGAUGCAUUAGAUUAGAGUAAAACUGUACUGACGCCUGCAGGGAAGUGGAUCUGAUUAAGUGCAGGGCAACCAGGAAGUGCUGGAGAUGAUUACAAAAUAAAGAGCAAAUGGACCAGCUGCAAUAAAUAUUAAUCUUAAUUAAACCUCCAUCUCACUGUGUUUCUUGUCCUGUAAUUUCUAGUAAAGUGGGUGUGCCAUGUUAUUAGCAGAUAGGCUGAAAACAGAAUGCAUGAUGCACUUUACACACGUGUAGUCUCUGAUCACAAUUACAAUAAUGUAAAUGAUGAAUACAUUUUCUUGAUGUAAUUUCCUGCAUGUUUCCUGUCUUGAAGUAAUGGGGACUCAUAGUGAAGCUGAUAAAGUGAUGAAUAUUGACACACACACAC